AAUAGCUAUAUAUUGAGAAACUACAUUAUUUGUAUCUCACAGUAACUCUUAACCUAGUAGCAAACAUGAAUACCAAAACCACUUUCUUCUUUUGCUUCCUCUGCACGUUGCUUCUCAUCUCUGCUAUGGCAACUCAGCCAUCUAAACAUGGUACUAUGGCAGAAGAAUCCGAGACACGAGCAGGAUUAGAUGACUGGGGAAGAGAUGGAGGAGGACCCGGAGGAGGACCCGGAGGAGGACCCGGAGGAGGACCCAGAGGAGGACCCGGUGGAGGACCCAGAGGAGGACCCGGUGGAGGACCCAGAGGAGGCCCCGGUGGAGGACCCGGUGGAGGCCCCGGUGGAGGCCCCAGAGGAGGACCCAGAGGAGGACCUGGUGGAGGACCUGGUGGAGGACCCAGAGGAGGACCCGGUGGAGGUGGAGGACCCCCAGGAGGCCCCGGUGGAAGCCCCGGAGGAGGACACGGAGGAGAUUAGGUCACGGCGGAGGUUGCGGAUGUGUGGUCAAAUAGGCUGCAAAUAACACGUGUAAUCCAUGUGAUGACUGCUAUGUUAAAUAAGAAAAUAAGAAAUUAGAAAUAAAAGCAUGGAAUCUAUCUGUGCUAGGGUUACCCCACAAUCAUCAUGGAUGUACUUGAAGCACAUCUUUUCAAUAUACCACCUUUUAAAAUAAUAAUAAAAUUAAAAAAAAAAAAAAAA